AUGGCCGCCAUUUUCUCUGCUGCUUCACCGCCGCCUCCCUCCAGCAGCGGGAUCGAUAACCACGGCCUUCCCCGCCCGCCUGGGAGGGAGAGCCCGCCCCCUAGGCUCGCAUCUGGCAGUCUAUUGCCAUGCUUGCAGCUUCAUCAGCCUGUAUCACAGAGAAACAGCAGAUGGACUCAGCAUAUGAUCUGUGGCUUAAAAAAAAUCAGAUUUGCUGCUAUUCUGCUCUACCAGCCACAUCACCAGGGCAACAUGGCAUUCACAGGCAAAUACGAGUUCGAAAGUGAUGAGAACUAUGAUGAGUUUGUGAAGAAGAUUGGUCUCCCCAGUGACAAGGUUGAAAAGGGAAAGAAUUGCAAAAUAGUCACUGAAGUGGUGCAGAAUGGAAAUGACUUCACCUGGACACAGCACGUCCCAGGAGGCCACACCACAACCAACUCAUUCACAAUCGACAAGGAAGCAGACAUGGAGACAAUGGGUGGUAAAAAGUUCAAGGCAACAGUUAAAAUGGAAGGUGGGAAACUAGUGGCUGAGUUUCCCAACUAUCGUCAUACUGUAGAGAUUUGUGGAGGAAAGCUAGUAGAGAUCUCUACAUGUUCUGAUGUAGUCUACAAAAGGACCAGCAAAAAAAUUGCUUAAGGCAGUAAAGUCAGUCUCUUCUGACUGAAAAACAAUACAAAUAAAUAAAAUAUAGAGUAUUGAUUGA